AUGGAUAGUGUUUUUGAAGAUCAUGUAGGAAGGAACAUGGAGGUCUACGUCGAUGACAUGAUUGUAAAGUCCGUUUUGGGAUCGAAUCAUCAUGAGGAUUCGACGGAAGCUUUUGGCAGGCUCCAAAAGCACAACAUGAGACUCAAUCCGGAAAAAUGUUCUUUUGGGAUACAAGGUGGGAAGUUCUUAGGCUUCAUGAUAACGUCGAGGGGAAUUGAGAUCAAUCCGGAUAAGUGUAAAGCAAUUCAGGAAAUGAAGAGCCCGAGCAGUGUGAAAGAGGUGCAGCGCCUGACGGGGCGGAUUGUAGCCCUUUCCAGGUUUCUCCCUCAUUCGGGUGACAAGUCAGCUCCGUUCUUCAAAUGCCUUAAGAAAAACACGGCUUUUGAGUGGAGUCCAGAAUGCGAAGAAGCCUUCAAUCGCCUUAAAGAGAUGUUGUCUGCACCACCUGUUCUAUCGAAACCUGUCCAGGGCCUUCCCUUACAUUUGUAUUUCUCUGUCAGCGACCACGCAAUCAGCUUAGUAAUUCUCCAAGAGGUAGAUGGCGAACAAAAAAUAGUUUACUUUGUAAGCCAUACACUUCAAGGGGCGGAAACCAGACAGGUGUUGCAGAAUCCGGACUUAUCAGGAAGGCUUGUCGCGUGGUCGGUAGAGCUAUCGGAAUACGGUUUGCAAUAUGACAAGAGGGGAAAGGUGGGUGCGCAGGCUUUAGCUGAUUUUGUGGUGGAAUUAACACCGGAAGUCGGAGAGAGGGUAAAUACGCAAUGGAUGCUGUUCGUUGAUGGGUCAUCAAAUGAGAAUGGAAGCGAAGCAGGGAUCACACUGCAAGGACCUGGGGAGUUAGUACUAGAGCAGUCUCUAAGGUUUCAGUUUAAAGCUAGCAAUAAUCAAGCAGAGUAUGAAGCUUUAAUCGCAGGUUUGAAGUUGGCCAUUGAGGUUCAAAUCGACAGUCUGCUGGUUAGAACAGAUUCGCUGCUGGUGGCGAAUCAAGUGAAUGAGGUAUUCCAGGUGAAGGAGCCGGCCUGGAUAAAGUAUCUGGAACGUGUGCGGCUCCUGAUGGGUCGAUUGCGGGAGGUCAUGGUUGAGUUCGUGCCAAGAACACAGAAUCAAAGGGCGGACGCCCUGGCAAAACUAGCAAGCACCCAGAAGCCUGGAAAUAAUCGGAGUGUGAUUCAAGAGACACUUGCCAAUCCAAACAUAGAGGGAGAGCUGGUAGCCUCAGUUGAUCGCCAGGAGACUUGGAUGGACCCCAUCGUGGACAUCUUGGCAAGAGAACUAAGCGGGGUAGUGAAAUACACAAAGGAACAAAGGAGAGAAGCGGGGCAUUACACACUGCUUGACGGAACGCUUUUCCGAAGGGGAUUUAGCUCGCCCCUCCUAAGGUGUCUACCGCCCGGGAAGUACGAGACCGUUAUGGCAGAGGAUCACGGGGGGGUUUGUGCCAGCCACAUAGGGGGGAGAUCCCUGGCAAGCAAGUGA